AUGAGUUCUGAUCUUUAAAAUUAAUAUGAAAAUUUUAAGAAAACAAUGAAGAAAGCUGAAUACAAGGAAUAGUUCACUUUUGAUUAUGUCUAGGAUAAUAACCCAACCUUUUUCUUGAGAAUACUCCACUACAUAUUAAUUGAAUACAAUUCAGGCUUUUAUAAAUGUACCUAUUGAUUUAGAUUUUUGUUAGCCUUAUUAGAUAAAGAGUAUGAGCUCUAAUCCAAAAAUGAUUUAAGAUUCACAGAACAAGUAUUCAAAAUGCUACAAUUCGAAUUCAACUACAAAUCGUCAAUAAAUAUAGCCUAAUUUCUUUCAGAACAAUACUUAGAGCACAAAUUCAUCUUAAUAAAUGAUAUUUUUAAUGAAGUGCUGCAGAGAACAAAAAAGGACAAGAAAGUCAAUCUAUUUAAGGGCUAAGAAAAUAGUUCGCACUUAUAAAACACAUAAAAAUCACAAGAGUCCAAUAAUAAAUAGAAAACUCAAGUGUUUGUACAAAGAGAGAUUUUCUAAACUGAAGAUGACGAGGAAGACAUUGAAUAACCAAAAAGACCAGAACCUUAUAAGAUUACUUAAUAAAAUGAAUUAGUUCAAAAAAUGUCUUCUUACAAUUAAGAAUAAUACGAAGAAUUAGACUAAUAAUGCAACUACACACUGCAACUUUAACAAUAGCCAUCUCCUCCUCAAUCCAACUAAAAGAAUGAAUAUUAAAAUGAAAUUUAAUUCUUGUAGGCAUUCAGACAACAAAUUAAUUAAGUCUCAUAAAUCUAUCCUAUUUAACCAAAUAAUUACAUUCAAUAAAAUGGUGUAACUCAUCAAGAUCUCCAAAAGUUGAUGUAAGUGAUUUUAUUAAGUAAUGAUAACAUUAAAACAAUUAUGCAAAAAUUCUCAGAAUUACAAACAACAGUAAAUAUAGCUUUAGCUAACUUUGAUCAAAGAUUGACCAGGUUGGAAUUAAAAAUUCGUGAUUAAUGA